AUGAAGAGCAGUCUAACAUCAAACCAGUUUAGUUCGCCAUCAUUUCUUCAACAAGCAAGGUUGUCUCCAUGUUUGUCGAAACUGAGGCAUAAACAGGAGCCAAGAAUAUCUACAACAUCUCUACCUACGCCGUUCAACACAUCAGCCAACAAAUGCGAACUCUACAAGACAGACGGUGCUGAUGUUGAGAGCACCGACGCGGAACCUUCGACGACGAAGAUGAAGAUAAGAAAAGAUUUCAAUAAACAACUGGCUUGUGAAUUGUUUAUUGCUUUAUCAGGCGCCAACAAAAUCAGCAACAGUGAUACUAACAACGUCAAAAACAUUGAUUUCAUGCAAAAAAACCAGCUGACCUACAAUGAAAUGAAUUCACUCGCCUGUCCAGCUAGCCCAGCUAAAUAUCUUAAUUACGAAGUUUCCGAAACGGACGAUGUUAAAAUGAAUGACAUCAAUGACGAAUUCACAUUUGCAGCAGUAGUGGCAAAAGGUUGUGAGGAAAGUGAUUUUAAGACGAAAACAGUCUUUAAAAAUUACACACCAGACAGAAAUGUUGAAAAAAUCCUUCGGCACGACAGCUACGUCAGUCGUGCGAAUCCAGUCGAGAUCGUUGUACACUUGACAAAUGACAACCACAUCGAUGAUUCCAUUUGCAGUUUGAAAGUUUCUCAAAAUUCCUGCCACGGAUGUUUGCAGACAGAUGCAGUGAACAACGUUGGAGGCACUGAGAGAUUGAGUGUUAGCGACGCAAGUUCAGUGUCCUCAUUUAAUGCAUCGAAGAAGAGUGAAGACUCCUUUAACGAUAUUAUCAGCGAAUUGAUGUCAGACAAUAAAUACCUGGACGAAAAGUUGUAUGAAAAAGAAAAUGAAGUGGACAGACUGAAAAAAGAAAUUGUUGACUUGAAAGAAAAAAUAAAAAUCAACAAUUAUGAAAUGUCCUUUUUGAGAAGUAAAGUUUUCGGUUUAUAA